AUGGAGGAAUAUUUGAAUCUUAUGUUGAAAGCGAGAGAGAUUCUUGUUAGUGAAAGCCAUGAAGAAGUAGCGAUGGUCAUCGAUCAUCUCUUUAAGCGUCAAGACUCCGAAGAGUAUAAAACAUCGCGUGCGCUGUACGACAUCUGCGUUUCUUGUAACCCAGGUUGCUUAACCCUAAAGCUUCUUAAAGUCUAUCAAUCUUCUUCCAGUGGCAUUCUCAGACUCCGAUCAAUCUCUCAACUCUCUGAGACCCUCACCUAUCUGAAAAAUCAAAUCGUAUUUUCCAAAUUCUCUCUCGACUCUCUCUAUGAAAUCAAACCCCUUUUGAUUUUAUGCCUUACAAUGCAAGAAACCAAAGAAUCUGACAUCAAGAUCCUCAGGAAAAUCGUGUCUUUUGUAACUUACAAUGUCGUGGAGUUGCAUAAAGACAAAUGGGACGAGCUCGGUGAUUGUAUCUUAUCCCUAGCGAGUAGCAAAGAACCUGUCAAGGCUUUUCACGUCUUCAUCGAUCUGCCACCAGUCUACAAGAGUUUCAUCGGCAAGUUUUUGGACAAAAUUUUAGAGGAAGCUAGUAAUGUCUUUCUUUAUCCUUAUAGAGUUGAAGAUUGGAGCUUGGCUUUACAAACUUUUGUUAAAAUGUGGAUUCAGCUUGAGAAAACAGGGGUGACAGUAGAGUUACUAAUGGCGUUGAUGGAGAUUUGGAUUUCCUCUGUUGUGAAUUCAGUAAAGAAGCUAGUGGAGAUGAAAAAAGAACAGUUUUUGGUACGAGGGCUUGAAGAUUUCGAGAGUUUCUUCUCAGGAGACAUGAAUCUGUAUCAUUACACUAAAGACCAAUUCCAUUUUGUGUUGGCUUCCAUGAACGAGAUCGAAGGAGUAGUCGGAACAGAGACAAAGGAGAUUGUGAGGAAGAUCAAAAUGUUGGUGACAGAACCAUAUGAUGAUCUUAAGAAUCGUAGAGAAGAGUUUGAACGUGGCUGGUAUGACAUUUUGAAGGAUUUAUCAUCACUGGAAGUGUUAAAGAUUCUUGCGUCCUCUGAACUUGAAGAUAGGUCCAAAGAGAUAGCAAUCAGACGACUCAAUGUCUUACUCUCUGAUCACACUUCAAAGAAAGUGCAGAUAGACAUUUCAGAGAUGAGACAACUCCAACCAUUGCUCAUCUCUUGCUUAAAGGAAGAAGGACUUUCCUUUAACAGUAUGUUCAAAGUCCUAGGUGAGGUGGUGAACCAUGUUGCAUAUGAGAUGUUGAUCUACCAAGAGGAGACAUGGUACGAGCUACGAGAUUAUAUUGCAUCGAGUAAAACAGAGUUUCAUAGAGCGGUUUAUAUCUUCCAGUGCUUAACAAUGGCACUUAUUGACGACGAUUUUGUGAUUCCUGUGAUGGAGAAUCUUUUCCUAGAGAUAAUCACAAGGCUAGACCCACCAAGAGAGUUGUUGGUAGAUAACAGUAGCUGGGUCUUGGCGUUUAUGGGUGGCUUUUGUUUAGCAAUUCACUUGAUAGAGAUGUCAAGUAAAGCUGAAUCCGUUAAGGAGAUUGCACAUAAGAUGAUAGAUUCUAUAAGAGAGCUAAUGGAAAGAGAAAUGGAAGUUGGGCUUGUGAAGAGAGGUUUCAGAGAUGUGGAAAGCAUCGUGAAGAAACAAUUGGAAUGGUAUAGUACGAGCCAAUACAAAUUCAUUAAGGGUCUGCUUUGGAGACUGUAUGCAAUCAAAAGGCAUGAAAUGGGAAAGUAAGAUUGUGUUGUGGAGAAUCAACGUCAUUGUGGAGAGAGGAGUCAAAGAAGAGGAAAAAGAGCUACCAGAGAAUGAGUUUGAUUGGCUCAACCUUAA